AUGCUCAACAAUCAGCUCUGCAACGUGGCUCACCGGUCAUUUCCGGUAGCCGUUAAGGAACUUUUAGCUGUCGAAUCAUUCUCGUUCCACUCUACGACUUUUUUUAUUUGCCAGGGACAGUUUGUUGUUUCCACCUGUGGGCUCCUCAAGUCCCUGGCUUUCUUCAGAUCCUGCACAAUUUUCAGCACCAUUAAAACAGGAGGAAAAUGGAUGAUUCGGCUAAAAGUGCAAAAUCUCCUGGAGUUUUUUCUCGGUUUAUCAAAAGAUACUGUGAGAUUCAUCAAAGUUUACUUGACCGUGCCACACCCCAUAGUCUAUCUAUUACAAGGCUGGUAUAUUGUGACAUAUGCAUUAGGAAUUUAUCUUCUUAAUUUGUUUAUUGCAUUCCUUACGCCUAAAAUAGACCCUGCCAUAGAAGACACAGAAGAUGGACCAUCAUUACCAACAAAAGCAAAUGAAGAAUUCCGACCUUUUAUGCGCAGAUUACCAGAAUUUAAAUUUUGGUAUUCUGCCUCCAAGUCUAUUUUAAUUGGCUUAUUCUGUACUUUGUUUGAUGCUCUGAACAUCCCAGUGUUCUGGCCUAUCCUUGUCAUGUAUUUCAUCAUCCUGUUUACAAUCACAAUGAAGAGACAGAUCAAGCAUAUGAUCAAGUAUAAAUAUAUCCCAUUUACCCAUGGCAAGGCUGUAUAUAAAGGGAAAGAAGAUUCUGGCAAGGAGGGAAAUCAUGGUGCUGAUGCAAGACCUACCUACAUUGGGCCCACAAUCCACACGUUUUUCCAGUUGACUUUUUUACUUUUGUCUCUUUUCCUCCUCUCUUUUUUCCUUUCUUAUUACUCUCAGCACCUCCCACACUUUACUCUCCUUCUCUUUCUUAUUCCACUGAGGACUCUUAUUCUUCUCAGCAUCUCACACUUUUUACUCUUUUUCUCUUUCCUAUUUGCCACAGCAUCCCCCCACUUUUCUCUCUACCUCAUCUCCUUUAUUUCUCCUAUAAAAGAUACAAAGAUUUACAUUUUUGCUUUUCUCUCUUUUACUCAGUACUUUUCCUUCUUUUUUCUUUUUUUUUCUUCCUCUCCUUUCUUGUUUCCUUUUAGCAUUCAGUCUUUUUCUUUCAUCCUUUCUUUCCUCCUAUCAUUCUUACUUUUUUUUUACUUUUUAUCCUGGCUAUUUUUCAUUCUCUUUUUCUUUUUCCCUCCCCUUUUCCCACUCUAUCACUUAAACUCUUUUUUUUCAAUUUUCAUCCUACUCUCUUUAUCUACUUAUAAGCUUCACUUCCACUAA